AUGAAGCAGUCUUCAGUUCCGGUUCCAUCACGCGCUGAUGUCAUGGCGGCAUGUGCACUCCGUGGUCCUUUGGCAAACGGCAUCCCAUACAAUAAUGAUAUCUGGGUCAAGUACGGUACUGGCGUGACGGAAGCCGAAGCGAUAUUGCAGCAGUUUGUGAACGAAAAUGCAGAUCACAGCAUCGUAUACACGCCAAAGGUUUAUGACUACUUUACCGGGCAGCGAAUAAGCGAUAUGCCAGUAACAUAUAUUGUUAUGGAGCGAGUAUACGGCGAGGCUCUUACAUCAAAAGAGGAUGAUACAGUCCUCGAAAACAUUGCUGCUGCUGUCCGCCAUAUCUGGGAGCUUCCAUUACCACCACAGGCGUCAAUUGGACCAUUGGCAGGGCAGGUGCCUCAUGACCGGUUCUUCUCAGACUAUGGUGCAGGCCGGACCUUUCAGUCGACCGAAGAGCUCCAGGCCUGGAUUAAUGAGAAGCUGAAGGAAGAGGGAUGGCCUGAUAGGGUGGACUUACCCUCGGAGCGGUGCAUCUGCCACUGUGAUCUCUCGCAGUUUAAUAUCCUCCGUGGCAACCCAGUUAUUAUUAUUGAUUGGGGCAUGUCGGGAGUUUACCCACGCAUCUUCGACGAGUUCGCCCUAUUUCACCAGUUCAAUCUCCGAGGUUCCAAGUUUGCUAAGGCUCUUCAUAAGAAGCUUUUCGGGGACAAAUUGCCUAGACACCUACGACCGCUAACGAUUGUAUCAAGAAUUAAUACCUGGGGCUCGUAG